CCGCACCAUCACCAUGCUUGCGGAGGUCCUCCUCGUCCUCGGCGGCUACCCCUCAUCACUCAUCACACCUGACGGGGUCGCGCCCGCUCUCGCGGAGCACCUGCAUCCAGGUGAGGUCGCCGCGCUUACGACGCUGGGGCGCCUGGCUGGGGACUACCGUCGCGUCCGCGAUUGGUCCAACGCAACGCAAGGCGCGGCGCGCGCCGCUGUGCUCAAGACACCGGAGGGAGGGAAGGAGCCAGGACAGUACGUUGCUGUCCUGGCCGGUGCGGUCCGCGGCGUCCUCGACGAGUACACCGACUUGCUUGUGGAAACGGAAGCGCGCAUCCUCGCCAACGACAACAGCAUUGUACAGCCCUUUGAUUCAGGCGCAUAUGUCCCGCUUUCCCUCCUCCUCGCCACCUUCGAUGAGUGGCACGCCCCACUUGUCUCUCUCGCCGCCCUCGUCCACUCCCUCCCACCAACACCGGGCGAACUCCUCACACACCUCACCACGCUUUCCUCCUCCGGCGACCCUUCUUUACGAAGGAUAUACACCACCCUCCUGAGCGCCGUGUGGCAACUCUUCCUAUCUCACCUCUGCCUUUUCCUCCUCGAUGGGCUUGCGCCUGACACAUCAUCUCCCUCCGUUCCAGCGCUCGGACUCGACGCCGGUGCCGACCCACCGCACCGCCUGUACAAACUCAAUUUGGAGCUCCUUCCCAUCUGCGUUGGGGCCAGCGCGCGCGAGAGCAUGCUCUACGUUGGCAGGGUUGCCGCGACUUUGAAGCGCGAGGGACGCGCGCUGCCACGAGCUGUCACAGAACCCGCUCGUCAGCGAGUCAUGACAGUUGAACCGGAAGGUCUGGACAUGGCGCUGCAGCGUGUACGCGCCGACGUCGGCGAGUGGUUAUGGACCCACAUUCUCACGGGACAGCAGGUGGCUGACGCAAUUGAGAGCUUCGCGAACUACUUCCUGACACGCGAAGCCGAUUUUGCACUCAACGUUAUCCGCGAGAUUGGACGGUUGCGGCACGACCGCUUGGUCACGGCAAACCCUACGAGCUCUUCCUCUGUCAUCCGACCACACGAUCUGGAUCUUGCGCUGCUCCGCGCCUCGGUCGGCACGGAUGUCGAGCGAGACAAGGGUCUCGAGGCAUUGCACUGGGCUAUGCCUCUCGGUCCAUUGAAACCGUCCUCGCUCCUUACGCCAGCCAAGUCUGACGAUGUGCGCAGCCUUUUCGCACCCGCCCUCCUCGGUGCGCCGAUUCAUCUUACCGCCACUGUUUCCUGGCCACUCAACCUGUUCAUGACCCCGCCAGCGCUGGCGGCGUACGGCGAAAUACACGCGUACCUUCUCGCAUUGCGGGACACGCACUUACGCGUGCUGGACGUGUGGACGGCGCUGGGUCAUGCGCAACGGCGGAGAAGAGUAUACACUGGUACUCACGAGGGAGGCGCCGACGCGCGGGAGCAAGCGCGGCGGAGCGCCCUCGCCCGCGCCGGAUGGGGGUUAGUGCGAGGCAUGCUGUUCGUUCUCGACCAGCUGCUGUCCCACUUUAUGGUCGACAUCGUAGGAGCGCAGCACCGCCGCCUCCUCGAAUCGCUCGGGGACGGCGGGGCGCCCGGACGCGGUGCACAGUAUCUCGAUUUCCUCACGUUGCGGCAAAUGCACGCCCGCCACCUGGCAUUCCUCCGCGAAGGCCUCCUCAUUGCCGACCGCGAAAGCGCUGUACUUGUUCGCGACCUUCUCGACACGUGCAAGCGCUUCUGCGGGCUUGUGGAACGUUGGGGCGGCGACGUGCUCCCAGAGCUUCUCUCUGAUGAAGAAGGGGACGUGGUCGGCGAGCGCGCCAAAGCAGUCGAUGAGGUCAACGAGACACUCCUGGACUUGGUCACUGACCUCUUCCGCCUACUGCUUGAGUCGCAAGCGCCCCCCGUCGUCGACACAAGUAUGAGUGGCAGCGCGAGCGGGACGGGCUCGGUGUCCACGCGUGCGAGUAUUUCGAGGGCCAGUCUCAGCCGCCGCGUCGGACCCAUGAGCAAGAGCCGAGUCGACGAUGGCGAGGCGGCAGGGCGGCAUGUUGAGCAGCUGCUCCUCCGCCUCGACUUCAACGGCGUGCUAACAGCGUGGCAGGAGGGGAGGGUGGGGAGCGUCUUGGCAGGGUUAGACUAGAUAGCGAGGUCAGCUCUAUUUGUAUGCAUAUGUACAACUGUC